UCCUAACAACCAUCAAACAAACCUACGGCCAUUCUUGAAACCCUUUUUCGAGUAUCCAAUUUGGUCAUCAACAAUGGAGAGAGUAAGCAAAAUGGUGUCCGAAAAACCCCUUGUGAUCUUUAGCAAGACCCAAUGCUGCAUGAGCCACACAAUCAAGUCCCUCUUUUAUGAUUUUGGUGUCAACCCCACAAUUUACGAGCUCGACGAGAUCCCUAGAGGCCGAGAGAUCGAGCAAGCCAUCUCUAGACACGGAUGCAACCCGCCCGUGCCAGCGGUGUUCAUUGGUGGUGAGUUUGUGGGCGGAGCAGACGAGAUCAUGAGUCUCCACCUCAAGAGGGCCCUAAAGCCCAUGCUCAAAAGGGCUGGGGCCUUAUGGGUCUGAUAUUACAGUACGUGCGUGCGUCAAAUAUGAAUGACAAUGUGUUUUUAUUAUGUGUGAUCGUACUAAAAGUCGGAAUAGUGAGUAGAGGUAUAAGGAGAGGUAAAUGAGCCUAUGUGCUCCAAGUUUUCCUAACAAUACUAGCUACUAAUAACUAAAUAAUAUUGUGUACUGCAUCCUUUUUUAGUGAAGUUGCAGCUCAUGUAUGUUUUGACUUUUUGAGUUUAAAUAAUAUGGAUACCACUACUCCUACAU